AUGGCUGAACUACCUGAAAUAAUAAAGAUUGAUGACAUAACGUCGGGGAAAAUAGAACCUUCAUUGAUCUAUGAUGAGAUUGAAAGAUUAAAGCUUGAGAUCAAUGUUUUAAGAAAUGAUAUGUCUUCGUUAGUUAAAUCAUUAGCUACCAUACCUGAAGGUUCAAGUCAAGGUGAUUACUAUAGAAAUGUAAGUGAAAAAUUGAAGACAAUUCAAAAAAGCAUCAGGAACUAUUGUGAAGAAUAUAAUAGACUCCUACCAAUAAUAAAUUUAGCUCAAAUUAAACUAGGUAAUGAAGCUGAAGUAAUUCCCAACGAAAAGAAACCAAAUGGUACACCACAAAUCAAUAAGUUCGCCAAAAAAUAG